AGAGCUUUUCAUUUUUGUCAGCUUUUGACGUUUUACUAAUUUAAGGUGACGAGAAAUCUUGUCACUCUCGGUAGUCAAGAGGGGAUCAGGGACAAUUUUAUCCUUCAGAGUUAAAGAUGACAUUUAAAAAUUCUGGCUUUUCUUGUCCUAUUCAUUGUUUUCUUGUCCAUUCAUUGUUUUCUUGUCCCAUUCAUUGUUUUCAUAUCCAUUCAUUGUUUUCUUGUCUCAUAUUCAUUGUUUUCUUGUCCCAUUCAUUGUUUUCCUGUCCAUUCAUUGUUUUCUUGUCCAGUUAUUGUUUCCUUGUCCACUCAUUGUUUUCUUGUCCCGUUCAUUGUUUUCUUGUCCAUUCAUUGUUUUCUUGUCUCACAUUCAUUGUUUUCUUGUCCCAUUCAUUGUUUUCAAGUCCAUUCAUUGUUUUCUUGUCCCAUUCAUUGUUUUCUUGUCCAUUCAUUGUUUUCUUGUCCAAUUCAUUGUUUUCCUGUCCAUUCAUUGUUUUCUUGUCCAUUCAUUGUUUUCUUGUCCCAUUCAUUGUUUUCCUGUCCAUUCAUUGUUUUCCUGUCCAUUCAUUGUUUUCUUGUCCAUUCAUUGUUGUCCCAUAUUCAUUGUUUUCUUGUCCCAUUCAUUGUUUUCUUGUCCCAUUCAUUGUUUUCUUGUCCCAUUCUUGGUAUUUCCAAGGUGGUAUAAUAUCAGGCCAUAUGUUGCAUAUUGCUAUAGUCUCCAACUUCUUUGUGGACUGUGUUCGGCAUUCUUUGGUUAAUAUCUGGCAUUCUGUGGUUGGUGUCUGGCAUUCUGUGGUUGGUGUUUGGCAUUCUGUGGUUGGUGUUUGGCAUUUAGUGGUUGGUGUUUGGCAUUGGGUGUCUGUAACAAAUGGCUGGUGGCGAAUUUUUUGCAUGUUAAUGCCUUGUUGAAAUUUGUUAUUAUUAAAUAUUUAAAUCGGGAGUUUGUAUCGGAUUUUAAAUGAUUUCAAUGAAAUUUUAUUUUUGUUUCCGUUGUUAUAAAUGUGGGAGCCAGCUUGUUAUCAAGGAAAUAUCUUUCCAGGCACUUACUCAACAAAAUUCAAUAACUUUAUCUCAAUUGUCUAGAUUCAGUAUUCAGAGAUUAUCUUUCUGGUAUAUCAAUAAACAAUUAUUUAUAUAUCUUCAUUAUUUGAGUAAACAACCUUUUUAUACAUAAUUAUCAGGGGUCUAGAUAAGUUAGAUAAAUAUUCGCAAUUGGCAAAUGGCUACAGCUUAUCUAGACCUCUGUAAUUAUUGUUAAAAUAUAUUUAAUAUAUCUUCAUCUUCUGAGUCUUUAUACAUAAUUAUUAAUAUAUAUACCUAAUAGCCGUG